AUGUACGAAGGGGCAUCGUCACCGACCACUCUCAGCUGCAGCGGUGGUAGCAGUGGGAUGCACCUCGAUGAGCCAGACGCGUCGCAUUCACAGCUCCCACUGUCGUCAAAGGCCCUUUCUCCGCAGCUCACCCCGAGUACCCCAGCGACGCAGCGGCUGCCACAUCAAGGCGCUCCUCCGUCACCGUUGCAGCGGCAGGAGUUGAACCCACCCAUGACCUCACUGUCACGGCGACUCUGGAACCAGUUCUCAGCACGGGAACUCCCCUAUCCCGCACAGCGAGACAAGGGCUCCAGCGCUGCCGAAACCAAGAUACGAGCCCCUGCGCAGUUUUCGAUGUCAUGCGAGAGUAGCAGUGGAAACGCGACCAAUCCGCAGCGCUCGAUGCUUCUCGGCUUGUCGACACGGUGCAGCGAGAACUCUCCUGCAGUUGCCCCGGUCGGCUCACCCCUGUCGUCUCUGUUUUCCACGCCCAUGACGCGUCACCUGGAGGGAUGCACCCCGAAGGAGUCCCCCGAUUUCCGGACGCUGUUCACCCCGUACACCUCACCACCGUCGCUCGCCUUCACCGCGGAGAGCCCAGAGAAUGCGGACAGCAACAAACGAAUGUGGAAUGUGUACAGGCGCCAGAAUGAUUGGAUGAAGUCAUCCACGGCGAACUGUCCCAUCCUCACUCACCCGCAGGUGCAUUCUGCGGGCCUCGACUCGAUCCCCGGAGCAUCCCUUGCAACGACGCCAGUGCAGCAGCAGGCCAAUGUUUCUUCACACAAGCCCACUCGCGACACCUCAGGCCGCACCGCCAGCCGGACCAUGGAUCCUAAAUACAACGGAGGCACAACCACCGUGGCGCGCUCCCCAUCCGCGUUAGCCGCUGCUACACCUUUUCGCGACCUCGACCAGCUCUAUCCAUCUAAGUCCGCAAUGUUCCCCACCAGUUCGAGGGACCCCUGGCCCCAACGGCACACCAUCUUCCCUACAAAGCCGCUGUCGCCAAUGAGAAGGAGCGAGUCCCACAGCACCGGCCGCAGUCCAUUCUCCCACGCAUUAGGUGGAGCGCACCAGCUUUUCAGGUCUAUAGAAAGCGCAUCAGUGAGCAAGGAGCUGUUGGCUCUCAACCACGACGUCGUUCGUGCCACCAGCGAAACAUCCACGUCGUCAGCGCACCGCACGCAGUCGUCGCGGCAGUGCAGCGGUCGCCGCUACAGUCCCAGCACGAGCCCCGUGCACGAUAAGGACUACAUAUGUGACUUCUCGACAGCGUCGGCAGACCAGCGGAUGCCCCUGCCAAUUCUUAAGAGGCAGCCGCACCUGUGCUCUUCCGGGAGCAUUAGCGGUCGUUUCGGUGGUCCCUCCCUUGUUAGUACAGCCCACCGGAGUGUGAACUGUAGCAGCAGCAGCCACACGGCAGACCGAAGCGGCUGGUCAGCCUCCUCCACCCCUCCCCCGGCUGUGAUGGGGGUGAACUCACGCGAGGACUUCGUUCGCCGCUUUGGUGGCGAGAGUAUGCAAAACCUCUCCGCCCCUUCGCAGUCGCAUCACCAGCAGCCGCAGCAGCCCCCCUCUCCUCUCCCCACCACUCUGUCGUCGCAGCCCAGAACCCUAAUCGCGGGCAUCAUGCACGACCACUCGUCGUGUUCUUCUCCCACGCCGACGGAGCCAACCACGGCAGCGUUGGUGCGAUCACCAGAGUGGCACGAAAGUGCGGAAAGGUCUGUCGACUCUUGCUCCUGCGCCCCGUCACCCUUCGCUGCGGUGCAGCAACAGCAUCGACCGCUUCUAUCGACUCCAGUGAUGGACCACUCAGCGGAGUACAGCACUGCCAGUACACAAGAGUGGGCCCCUUUGGGUCGCCGCGUCAGCCUCCGCAAUCAGCAUCGCAGGCCGGUAGCCAACGCCUCCAUCUUCACCGCUGGCGGCAACAGUAGCAGCAAUACAAGAAGGCAGUUCAGCUACAACUCUGUGUCACCAGCACCCGCGCAUUCAAAUGUGGAGUCAUCGACGCCACUGAAGUUACCCGCACUGCCACCACCGCCACCGUGGUCACCUGGCGAGGCCCUGCACUGGAUGCGAAAUCGACUGACGCUGCAGGAGCAGGAGGAGAUGCUGGCGUGCGAUGUGGUGUACUACUGUGGGCCUCCCGUGCAUCCGCGCACGGCGUGCGGAGUAACGGACUGUGCGACACCUUUGCCCCUAGUCCAUCACACCACGGAGAAGAUUACAAGCACCAGCAGUCUUCCGAAAAACAAGGGGGAAGUUGUAUCAUCCACCGCUCCCCUAGCUUCGUACUUUCCGAUCACCCUCGGCAUGCACAUAUCUUUUCGCUACGAAGUGCUGGAGGUUCUGGGGUUCGGCACAUUCAGCGUCGUCGUGCACGCCCUUGACCACGCAGCCUUGCCUCUCUCCCCUGAGCGGCACUGUGCGUUGAAGCUGAUUCGGCGCGAAUUUCUCUACCAGAAUGCGGCACAGGCGGAGUGGGGCAUCUGCGAGCAACUGAAGAAGUGCUGCGCAGGGAUGCGCCGGUGCAGUGGAGGCUGCUUCGGAGAGGGUGCAAGCGGGGCCACCGCCGACUAUCGGGCCAAGCCGUUUGUACAUCACUGCAAGCCCUCUGCACCGUCGUUGCCAUCAACGGCACCGCGGCUGUCCAUGGCGGACCAGCACACGCUGCGCUUUGCCUCGGUGCUCACCCCACGCAGCCGCUUUGAGUACCGCGGCUACCACAUCAUUGUUUUUCCGCUCCUCGGCUUCAGCGUACGCGACGCGGUGGAACUGCGGCGCGAGUUGCGAGAAGCGAAGGCCGACCACGCCGUAAGCCCUUCCCCGUUCCCGCUCCCUGCUGAUGUGCUACUUGUGCAACCUGGCGACCAAGCGAGAGUGACACUACCGACCGAGGUGGUCAACAGCGUUCUCGCGCAGCUCGUACGGGCCCUUCACUUUAUGCAUCACUGCGCACACAUCCUCCACGGCGACAUCAAGCCAGAGAACAUCGUAUUUGUGGAUCGCUCUAUGAGCGGGAGGAGCAGCAGCAGCAUCAGCGGCCAUUUUGCCGAAUCGGGCGGUGCUGCGAGUCAACAGCCCCUACCCCGCCUACCAUCGCAGCCGCAGCACCUCCAGGCCCCCCUUCCGUGCACUGGCGAUGCAGGCCCCCUCCCCACCCCGCUCAGCCUGUACCCCUUCCGUCGACUGAGCUUUGGCCCCCCGCCGUCGUUGCUCUCCAGCGCGGCUGCUCCCUCGCCUUCCUCCUCGUACAGCGGAACUAUUCCCCGUCGCCCCCAUGUGACUGAAUACGUGGAAAGGCACUCCAGCUCGGAAGUCGGCGACUGCGGAAGCGCCAACAGCAGCAUGUCAACGUGCUCCUCGUCUCUGCCGCCGCUGACAGCCCCGUACCCGCCACAGAGGGAUACUGUAGUCACUGACGGCCCUGACAGAGGUAUCACGAUGAUGAGCCGUAGUCACAGUUUGCAGCACCUUGGUUGCGAAGUGACUAGCAGCGCCCAGCGCCAUCUCUCCAGCGGAGAUCUCCUCAAUCAGUGUAUCACGGGCGGAGUUUUGGUUUCCCUUACGGGCCACUCGCUUUGUAUGACAGGUAGCCGCACUGGCGCCUUUACCUCCUCCCCGCUCUCCACAUUAACGUGCGCCGGGGUCGUCGGGGAGUUGAUGGGGGGUGGGACGGGGGACACAGCCCUGAGCGAGGCGCCGCGCAGCAGCAACGGCAGCCCACGGGGCGCCAGCGCCAGCCCCACAAGUCGCCCAGGCCACGACAGCCGCGGCGGCGUAGGCGGCGGUGGCGAUGAAUCAAGCAGCACUGUCACGUCCUCGGCACGCGCUCGGCUGACUUACGCGUUACCUUAUGCAAUGGCUGCAUCAACCGCUACAAUGGCCUCGUCACGGAUUGCUCUCAUCGACCUUGGCCACGCCCAUCUCAUCCCCCCUGGUACCACUGGCACCUCCUUCCCUCUUCAGUCACCGUCCUACCGCUGCCCCGAGAUGGCUCUGCGGCUGCCGUACACCACCGCCAUAGACAUGUGGUCGGUUGGGUGCGUCCUCUACGAGCUCCACACUGGCCACCCCCUGUUCCCCGACGCUUGUGACGACGUAAUGCUGCUGCAGUCGGCGGUGCGGACACUUGGGAUGCCAGAUCCAGCCUUUCUCGCUACUGUGAAGUCCUGCUGGAGGAGGUACAAGCAGCACAAGCUAAGCAUGACCGCAGCGGUCGCGCACGUGCACGGCGAUAUAGCUUCACCGAGCACCAGCCCACAGAAGCUGCAGCGGCUCUUGCCUCAACUACACCCGCAAGAGCCACAGCUAGCCGUAGAUGGCGAGGACGUGAAGCAGGAUGAGGAAGUCAUCAUCGUCGAGCGGUGCUGGCUCCAGUUCAUCCAGGUGUUGAACGACGCCGCGGGACACCAGCGAGAACACGACCAACGCCUCAAGGCCCAACAGCAGUGGAGCACGCCAUCCGUCGUGGAGAGCUCCCAGCGAAGUCCGAGGGAAGCAGACUCGCCUCUCGCAAAAGGGAGCGGUGGUACGACUACGUGGGAGACGGCAGAGCAGCUGGCACUGUUGCAAGUAAUGUUCCCUGGAGGCCAAGCGCACGAACCCGAUCAGUGUUUCUCGCUGCCAAGCAAGUGUGACUGGGGUCAGUAUGCGUGGGUGGACUUCUUUCUGGGGUGCCUCUACUGGGACGCUGGGAAGCGGCUCACGGCGACGGAGGGGCAGGUUCAUCCGUAUCUCGCGUCCCACUUCGCGCCUGAGGUGACAUCUGCGACGGCCGUGACCGCGAACAACAACACCACAUCCUCGGCGAUGGACAAAAGAGACGUCGCAGGUGACCCGGCAAUGAGCGCCCUCGGGCUCUCUGCUGGCUCUAGUGACGGAGCUCCAGAAGCGCCAGUGACCGCGAUCAUACGGCCGAAGCAGUGCUCGGGGCUCUACUACCUCCGGCACCACCCUCUGACGUGUCGCCUCUUCCAGUCAGCACCAGAGACACCCAGUCAGCCCAGAAGCCCCCACAGCAACCGCUCCACCACCAGCAACGACGCAGCAUCGCUCUUGGCACCGCUCCUGAUGAAACCCUCCGCCAUUGUGCCGUUCGAGCUCCCCUCUAGCAACUGCACGGCUCCGUCAGCGCGUCUGUGGGAAGAGCAUCGGCAGCUGCUGCCCCACUGCUACGACUCGGCCCUUGACAUUCAUUCCACGCCACAGAUCCCGACCGAGCGGCUUGCUCUGUCGCCUUACCACAGUAACGAUCACCGCCGCAACCCCUUCGGCAGCACGGAGAGGCACCCGUUCCGCGCCUUCUCCGAAAGCGACCAAGGUAUAGAGAGUCCUGUUGAGGUCUCCGCCGAGUCAUCUAUACGCGGCAACCUCGCGAGCACGCAAAAGCCACGCAGAGACGGUUCGACGUCGGAGGUGAUGGUGCUGCCUCUCAACUGA